GGCAACGAGAACGCAACUGCCUUCGCAAGCUCGCAUCAGUACAUCACAGACCUCCGCCAAGUCCGCGUCUAUAAUUCGCUCCCAUUUGUUGAGGCUUCUGAAGCAACGAUUUUUCGCUCUCCACCGUUURUUAUUCCUUGAAUCCGCCUAAUUCACAAGGAUGGAACAACCUUUUAGACCCCGUGAGAAACUUCUGGAGAAGCAAAAAUAUUUCCAGAGCAUCCACAAGCACACAUAUCUUAAAGGCCCAAUGGAUAAAGUCACCUCGGUUGCCAUUCCAAUUGCUUUCGCAGCUUCAACACUGUUUCUCAUCGGACGGGGAAUUUAUAACAUGUCGCACGGAAUUGGAAAGAAGGAAUGAGGUCACAGUCUCUGCAUCUAAAUUUCAAACAGUUACAUGAUCUGAACCCAUGUGAAUUUUGUUACUGAAGUAGUUUUUGUUCAAUAAUGGCUUAGUUCCAGAUUCAAGUACCUAAUAGAAUUCUGGAUAUGAUGCUUAGAUUUUGUAUGAAUUGUUCAUCUGUCCCAGAUUAUUUUUUCCAUUUUUGCCUUUCAUGAAAUCCCCGCCCAGGAAUCAGGAAAUGUAUUGAGAUUCUGGAAAUGAAAUGGUGUGCCAGCCAGAAUUGUUGAGUGAUAUCUGAUAUGGUUGGGUUGGGACCUGGGAGUACAUGUAUAUUCAUUAAAAUUAAGGGUACCGAAUCAAAUAAAUCAAUUUGGUUCGGUUCGGUUUA